GCGAACUUUAGUUGUCAAACGAGCACACCGCGAGAGAAGUCGUAUCUCGUCACGGUUCAGUGUCGGCAGUGUGUUUUUCGAGAUAAAUACUUAAAUAUUUUUCAACUUAAAUGGCCAACUUAAUAUUUAUAGUGAUAUCACUGACUAUAUUAUACAUACCGCGUUCGAGGCAAACGCCACAGGAAGAUGCUUCAAGCCUGUCGGCAACGACGCCAGCAUCUACGUUGGCUCCCAUAACUAAUGAACAAAAUCAGCUGGCACACGCCGUUAAUGACUUGGGAUAUGAACUGACGCUCAAAUUGAUGAAGAAAAAUGAAAAUAAAAACGUUGUAAUAUCGCCGACAAGCGUUGCUGGACUGCUGGCAAUGACACUUCUGGGUACAGUAGGCGAUGCGUAUAACGAACUCGCCGACGUACUAAGGUUUUCCCAAGAUAUCCUUAUGAAUCGCAAAAACCAUGAGCAAUUUGGGCUAUUACUGCAACAGCUGAACACCAAUGAUUCGAGUCGCACGAUCUACAGCAACGCGAUUAUAGUAGAUGGCCAGGUGCAGGUCCGUAAAGUUUACCAAGACUAUCUACAACAUGUAUAUCGUGGAGAAACUUUGAAUACUAAUUUUAAAGAUCCUGAAAAGUCUACAGAAUUGAUUAACGAAUGGGUGAAAAACAAUACAAAUGGCAAGUUAGAGCAAUUUAUAAAGCAGCCGCUUUCUACCUUAACUAAGGCGGUCCUGUUGAGUGCCCUUUACUUUAGCGGUCAAUGGGCACAACCGUUUAUUCCGGAGCUUACGAGACCGAUGGUCUUCAAGAAACCUUCUGACAAUGUUACGACAGAUUUCAUGGUUAACACUGGAUACUUCAAUUACGUAUAUAAUUACGAAUAUGGUUUCCAUAUAAUAGCUCUUCCAUACAACGACAGCAUCACAACUAUGUAUGCUUUGGUACCGCAUUCAAAGAGUCGCGCAUAUGUUAAGGAUAAUAUGAAAGAGCUUAGCUUGCUACAACUCAUGGAGAAUUUGAACUACUCCAAAAUAGAUGACGUGAUAAAUACAAUGAAUAAGAGCAAUUGUGUCAUUAGUUUCCCAAAAAUGGAAUUAAAAAGUGAAUUCAACUUAGUCGAAUGUUUGCAAGACAUGGGGGUGAAAUCUAUAUUUUCGGCGACUGACGCCAAUUUCGCCCUCAUGAUAAAAGAUGACAAAACUGUAAAUAAAACUGAGGAUGAAUUGAUUACGAGAAUAAACAGCAGAGAUGAAGAGAGUUCAGGAUUGAAGGAGCAGCUGAACAGGUUGCCAAAUCCAGGGGUUUUCAUCAACAAAGUGCUGCAUAAUGUAAAGAUGGCCGUGAAUGAAUUUGGGACUGAGGCGGCCGCAGCGAGCAGUGCUUUCAUAUCGCGCACAGCUAAUCUCUUUUACGCCGAUUCGCCUUUCUACUUGUUCAUUAGAAAUGAAAGAACUAAGCUAGUUACUUUCAGUGCAGCCAUAUUUGACCCCACUGCAUACAAUGAGGGUCAUUAAAAAGGCGUGCCUUAUUCCAGCGUGACUCGCCAUUUAGUCGGUUCCAGUCACAAAAAAACUAGAUUUAGUCGGUCCUCCGUUCAAAAUUUAUAGGUGUUUCACUGUCCACACCGUAAUAAGCUUAUUCUAACGGCACCAUUUCUCAAUCCAUCUCAAAUCUCAACGACGACCCCUAGCUUAGAUCUGAUUAUACUAAAAAAGUGUGAUAUAGUCGGUUUUUGUGGUAAAAACAUUGACUUACAAAUA